AUGAGUUUGUGCAGGACAAGCGCAAGCAGGAGGGCCAGGAAGCGGCAGCAUCCAAAAGGCCUAGGCCAGCUGUGGCAUCCCUCCUGUGUGUCAUCUGCAAGAAGAACCCCAAGGAGAAAGAGUGGGCAACGUUCACUGCUCGCGGUGCUCCAGUUGAUCUACAGAGAUGUGCAACUGACCUUGCAAGAAGCACAUCUCACACCGGACAAGAUGAUCCACGACAGACAUCCAUCGUUGUUGGCCGAUUAUCUGUCCGAGCAGCAGAUCGGGAAAUAUCCCCAAGCCUUCAAAUCAAGUGCAGUGCGUAGCAGUCCGCCGACACUAGAGGAACUGAAAGCCAAGGGUGACAGGCUUGCCGGCAAGGAAGCAGUGCCCGUUCUGGAUGACGAAGAGGAUGAUGAUCCGCUCGAGGGCCUGGGCAUGGAUGCCUCGGAUGAUGAAGAGAUGGAGGGUGUCAUCCGACCUCGCCAGGGGGCAGCAGGCAUGGCCAGGCCUGUGAUGAGUGCGUCUGCGGAAAUGGUGCAGGCAAAGCCGAAACCCAAGGCCAAGUGCAGUGCUUCGCAGGCGUCGGCACCAAGCCUUCGUGUCAGGGACAAGUCUCAGCCGACGGUGAAGGUGGAGCAGGUGAAGACGGAGCCGGCGGAGGCCAGUGGUCAGAAGGAGAACAGGAGAUCCGGCAGCCCAGUGCCAAGUGUUGCGCCAAGCGCUGCAUCCUCAAAGACAAAGGAUAAGGAUAAGGAUGUUCCCCUGCCAGAAGGGGCUGAGCUCGAUCAGGAGAUGAGCCGUGUGCAGCAGAAACUAGGCCCGCCUUUUCAGCCGUGUCUCCAGUCACUCGUCAUCCAGCGGCAUUUGGCUGGAGAAAAAUUGGGAGUCAGAUUGGUCGCGGCAAAGAAGUUGCUUGAUCGCUUGAAAGCACCAGGCAGUGGAGGAGCGAGAUUGCUCCUUGACAACCGCAUCCAGAUCUGCGAAAAAGCAGCCCUGUUGGCGGCAGGCACCAAGAAGCUUCAGGACGACGUUCUCCACACGGCAGUGACAGUCGUGUCCCGGGCACACGUGGAGAUCCCAUUGCCGGUGCGGCUUGACCUGGCUGAGCGCUUCGGCCUGGGCUUGAUGAAGGAAGUGCUGGAGGCUUCGAAUGGCAAGGACCCCCUGUCUGCCAUUGAGAAGCCCGUCGACAAGUUCCUGAAGUUCUUGCUGCCGUGCAAGACGUACAAGCUGAAUCAGGAUGACGUCAUGCGACCGAGGUUUGCCAAUCUGAUGGCCACCAUGGUGGCAACCCACGCAGAGCAGAUGGAGGCCUGUGAGCUCACGGAGGAGCUUCAGCUGAAGGAACGGCAUGAUGAUGAGUGGCGUGCCACGGCUAUGAGCUUGUGCGAUUCCUUCUUCAAUGAUGCGUUCUGCGACUUGCUCACGGCCGGCGAGAAGAAGGCUCCGAUUGUCAAGGCCCUGUGCUCCCAGCUCAUCAGUCGGGAGUCAGACCUGGACCUGAUUGAGUUUGGCUCGCACUACCCGCCGGAUCCGGUGGAUGACAACCUGAAGCGUGUCUCCCGCGUGUGCCUUUGCCUCACUUCGUUGCUGGAUCCCAUGGACGAUGGCCCAGGCAAGAUGGAGCAUGUGGCUGCGGUCAAGACCAGCUCCGCCAACGAGCACAUGGAGGCCACCGUGAGGACUUUGUUGAACAAUGGGGGCUUUUGGUGCUUGUUGGCCGAAGAGCAAGCCAAGAAGGCGGCGACCUCCCACACAGCCAAGCCUCUCCUGACAGAGCUGACCCAGAAGUUGACUGCUGGAGUAGACUCUAGAGUAGACUUGGCCAUGGAUGAUGUGAAGCUGUGCAUCGAGAAACUCCCGGAGCUCAGACAGAAGCUCCGUGACGGUGCCACGAGCUGCAUCGAGCCGGUCUUGCUGAAGCGAGGAAGACGAGACUGCGGAUGUGGCCAUCCCCGAGAUCUUUGGCCAGCCUGUGAGCCCACAAGGUCUCUCGACAUUGAUGAAUGGGCUGUCGCUUUUCACAAGCGAGAAGGGUGUGCCGGCCAUGCUUCACAAGCUGGAGGAGUAUCGGAAGAAGAGCAAGACCUCCCUCGGCAUUGUGGGCUUCGUGGAGGCACUCCAGGCCCAUGCCUUCCGCAUGGAUGCAAGCGAGGAGGAGAUCCAAAGGAUUGA